AUGAACAGAGAUGUGUCAACCACCAGCAAACCUCAAGGAGCCGGGGAAACCGACGCGAAUAUCCUCCACCUGCGCCGCGACUCUGCUUCUUGCGCCUCAAGGGUCAGGGUGUGGCUUCUGCCGCGCAGCGUCACUCAGGACAGAGUAGUAUAUAAAGGGGUAAGUGGUUCAACUUCCCAUCAUUCAGCAGUUUCGCACUACAGUUGCAGAAAUGAAGACACUGAUCGCCGUGUUGUUGGUCGCCUUUGUGCAGCAGAGCAGAAGCGCGAGGCAGAGCCUUCCGUCGGCCUCCAUCACCCCCUUCUCUACCCUUAUGGAAGUGCCUACGGACUCUACCCGUAUGCCAGGCAUUCCUACCUCAGUACCCACGGCCACAUCCUUCACAAGCGCGACGCUGAAGCCGACCCUGGCUACCUCUUGGGAGGAGGUCUCGGCCUAGGCGGCGCCUAUGGUUACGGCCUCAACUAUGGUCUUGGAGGAGCUUAUGGCUAUGGCUAUCCUCUGGGUCACGUCUCCUACAGCACCGUCGGCCACUCAAUCGGCAAGCGUGAGGCCGAGCCUGGCUACCUCUUGGGAGGAGGCCUCGGCCUAGGCGGCGCCUAUGGUUACGGCCUCAACUAUGGCCUUGGAGGAGCUUAUGGCUAUGGCUAUCCUCUGGGUCACGUCUCCUACAGCACCGUCGGCCACUCAAUCGGCAAGCGUGAGGCCGAGCCUGGCUACGGUCACGGCCUUCUUGGAGGUCUUGGAGGAUCCUACGGCUACGCCUCCUCUCUCCUCUAUCCAGGGAUCGCCCACUCCUACCAGUACAAUCAUGCUGUUAAUCCUCUUAUCUACGGAUAGGGAGACUAUGGCAAUGUUUUUUCCUCCGGAUACGAUGGAAUAAAAGAAUAUUUUAAAUAAAUUUGCCAAAUGACA